AUGGACAACGGUAGGGUGGAAGCCGUCCCUCCUGGGACUGUACAUUUGAACACUGUAAGAUCGCUCCACCAAACUGUUGUCUCCCUCCGAAACGCUCUUGAAUUGUCCAAGAGUGAGCUAAAGGAAUUGAAAGAAAAGUAUCAGGAACAUUCACGUUGCAUUGAGUAUGCAGAUAUUAUAGAAAAGUUAACUUUAGAGAAUCAUAUAUUACGACGUAAGAUUAUUGCCUCUGAUGGUUUAGGAACUGAUCCACAUCAGAACAUCAAAUUAGAGGUUUCUUACAGCCCAAAAGAAGAUAAAAUCGAGGAAAGUUGUAGAAGCAGUGAAGUUUUAAUUAAAACAAUAUCUACAGAGGACACUAUCAAAGAUCGAGAUCACGCUAUAGAUGAAAUUAAAACUAAGCCUCCCGAAUCUUUAAAGGAAAUUCUCGAAGAAUCAAAAUCUGACUCUAUAAGAUUAGAUAAUUCAAAUUUUCCAAUUGCAAGUAGUAGUCCAGUCGAUGAUCAUAGUAGUCAAAUAUUUGUUUCUGAAGAACAAUCCAAGGUAAACAAACCAAGUUUUAAGACAAAAUUAGAAUUACUGUCAAAAUUCGACGUCAAGAUUAAAGUAAAAACUGUGAAAGAAGGUAGUGUUAAGUCAAGUACAACAUCUGACAGUGAUUCUACUGUUGAAGAAACAAAAGAAAAGCAAACGGAACCAGUUGAUUCAAAAGCUACCUUCCAAUUAAAUGAACAGAGGGAACGAUUUGAAAAUUUAAAAAACCCUAAAGGAGAUACAAUAAAGUUGAAAUCGGUUUCAACAGAAAAUAUAAAAAUGGCUGUUCCAAAUGAAGCAGAGGUAAAGACUAAAACUGAUAAAUUUGAUGUACAAGUGCGCAUCACAUCUGAAGAUAAUCUUGUUGUAAAAGAAACCAUUGAAAGAUCAAGGAGAAAAGAUACAUUAAAUCUGGACGUGGACAAUUUAAGUCUUCGAUCAAUGUCAGAGGGAGAUAAUUCAGUAUUUUCUGAAGGCGGAACAACGCCAUUAGAACAAAAUAUUGCACCUGAUGAUAAACAAGAUCAGGAUGCAAGCGGCAAUGAGUCUGAGGAAGUUGACGAUAUAGAACUUAUAUUUACGACGGAUGAGUCGAAGGAUAUGAGCAAUUUGCAGGAAGAUCUCGUUUCCAUUCGAGAAACCGAUCAGUGGGUUCCCCCUUCAGCCUCAUCUACAGCCCAUUCCACACCUGUCUUGAUAAAAUUUCAUACCCUAGAUCCUGAUUUUCAACCAGGUACCCUUAAUAUCAGAAGAGAAAACCAGGAAAAUUUAAAAAGUCCUUGUUACGUAACAGAACCAUCGUUAAGAAUGAAAAGAGUAUCUUUGCCAAACGAUAAAGAGAUAAAACAUGGGGGCGUCAAUGAGAAAGGGACACUGGAAUUGCCUGGAAGAGGAAUCCUAAAAAGUUUUGAUAAUAAGUCAGAUAAUAUGUUAUAUAGACGAAGUCCCAAUGCAAGUACAAGAAGACUUGACAGUGUUGAUAGUCUGACUUGCGAAUACAAUCGUGGACUUAGCUUUGAUAACACGAAAUCUUCGAGUUUCGAACUGGGGUCUAGUCUAGAUGUUCUACAUAGAGAUGAAAGUGUGGACAGUUUUCAUAGACCGAGGUUAGGGCAUCGGUUUUCAAUGUUCGCAGCGGAUAUAUCAAAAUGUGGCAUAUCUGAGGAUGAUCUUGCAAGCAAUCUGAACGUAAGGCGUAAUACAUGCCCUAAUCCGUUUCAAUAUCGACCUAUGAUGUCUCGUGUCGGAGCCCGCUCAGGGUACAAAUCAACCGGGCGUCCACGACCCGUUUUGUACCAGGGCUAUGCCCCUCGACGAGAGAGCGGCGCUCAAACUGACGUGUCAGCUCUACCUCCGAGAUGGACUUCGGAUGGAUAUUUAGCAUACAAGAUGACCUCGAGCCAACCGACGGUGACCACGACGCUACCACAGCGCUUGACUGCCGCUCGUCGGUUGACAAUACCGGACGCGAGACCGCCGCCUCCAAAUCGACGUUCUGACGAAGCUCGACGGGUUUUACUCAGCGAUAUCGGAUUUACGUCAAUGGUGCCUGAGUUAUCGCGUUCAGCUGAACCGCUGUGGACACGACGCACGACUGGCUUGCACGAUCCUUCUCAAUCGCCAUCAAGACAUCGUUACCGUUCGCCGUGUUUGAGCGUCGAUCGCAGCAAUGAUUGGACUGGACAAACCGCGAACGUCGCCUCUGUCAAAGGAGUAUCUUGGCGCGGAUCGCUACCAGAUGUACGUCGGGACGACACCGAUGAACUCUUACAGGAGACUGAAGCGUUCUUACGUCGCUCCAUUGAUAAUUUGAGAUCUACGUCACUUGAACUGGAUAGCUCUAAUGAGCGAGCUGGUCAGCCGUAUAUUCCGUCUGAGGCUAGACAACUUCGUCUCGGACACGCCGUCAAACUGAUAACCCCACAAGGAAGGCUUGCUGUUGGGCGUGUCAGGUACGUUGGCCUAGCAGGUGGCACUGCCGCGAAUAGUGGCAUAGUAGUUGGGGCAGAGUUUUCAACAUCUCAAUACCCGGGAAUGCCCCGAAAUGACGGUACUUACAGCGGUAGGAGGUAUUUCCUCACUACCCCACAAUACACUGCACUUUUUGUACCGUUCUCGAAGGUAGUCAUGGCUUGGGCAAACUAA